AUGUCUUCCCUCACACACGGUGGCAGAAUUGUGCCCAUACUUACGGGCCACCAACAACAACCACCCGACUCCACCACCACCCCGGAGACCGCUACUCUAGAGACUCGACCAUCACCAUCUUCCAUCCACACUUCUUCGCUGCUGGUCCAGCCAGAUGAAUCCGCAACUAUGCGUCACAAGAGGGCCAUUGACCUGGCAAGUCUCGAAAUGGCCUGUUUAAAGGAACGUGACCUAUUUGCUCUGCCAACAGAAGGUGAUGGGAAUUGCCUUUACUACUCCCUCUCGGAUCAAUUGUGGGGAAACUUCGAUCACGACAACGAGAUCCGCCAACUUCUGGCCGACCACAUAGAGAUGAAUAAGGAGUACUUUAUGCAAUUUGUCGUUGCCGAGGGUGGUGAACGUCGAAGACCCAAACGAGCCGCCCAAUCGGCCUACGCUACGCGUUCCGCCGACGUGUCGGCUCCAUCUGAAGAGGACAAGGAGCGACGUUUCGAGGCGAUGGUAAACUUUACCCGGAAGAAUGGCGAGUGGGGUAGCUCCGAGCACCUCCAGGCUUUCUGUCAAGUAUUCAAGGUGGACAUUAAUGUGUAUACCAUGGACGGUGUCCAAGCCUUCCGUGAUGUCAACGCCUCGCAUGAAGAGCAUCGGGAUGUGAUUCACGUCGCCUUUCACGACUUUAAACACUACUCAUCAGUGCGGUCUAUUGAUGGCACCCAUAAAGGCCUCUUUACUAUUCAAAAGAGUGCUGACCAAGUCCCGUUACGAGAAUUCGGCGAGGAUUCGAAGGAGCAGGUCUCCGACAAUAAACGUCCUAUCUACAUGAAAAUCCCCGACUUCACCGCGGAGACGGCUCACUCCUCUGCAUCAUCCUCUUCCUCCGACAUUCCUCUUCCUACGACGACCACCACCACAGCCACGACUCCUGAAACAACCUUAAAUGACGCCGGUUUGGCCGUCGACGUUUUCCCGCCCUGGGAUAUCCAAUCCAUCCAAGAAGGCCUUGGGGGCCGAUAUGAUCGGGACACGAUCGUGGACAUGCUCCAGAGAUGUCGCGGUGAUAUCGACCGGGCAUUUGCAGCCCUUCUCGAUGCAGUACCGGAGAAGAAGCCCAUUCCUGGUCCCUCCUUCAACUCCAGCAUUCAGGUAUCCCGAGAAUCAUCACCCUUUAGUACCGGUAGCAAGCGUUCUGCCGAGGACAGCGAGGACUCCGAUGACCCGCGACCAGCCGUCCGGCGCGUGCGACCUAAGAGACAUAUUGUCUCCAAUCUCACUCUGGGUGUCGAUAUCUCAUUCCGAGACGACCAGAACGAGCUCGUUUCCCUUAAUCUCCACAUGAAAGCAGAGGCAGAUGCUGAAAAGGCCCGGGCCGAGUCAAGUACCGAUGAUGCUCAGGAAUCUUCCGACCAAUCUGCGUCAGAUUCCAGAAGAGGACCUCGCCGCAGCGGCAGACUCUCCAAAUCUCGACCGAUUUAA